UAACCAAGUACUAAAAAUCAAUGAAACUCAACAUGGAAUCUUAACAACACAAGAUCUGAGAAACAAAACCAAACCACUUUAUAUAAACCACACUCAACCAAGACCAAAAACACAUAACAUUAACCAUGAGGGAGCUAUGGUCUCAAAUGGGGUCACUCAUGGCCUCAGCUGUGUUCCUCUACACCAUCUUCGAACGUUUCUUCCCUCGUCACUUCCGUGACCACCUUCAAACCUACACAACAAAACUCACAAACCUCUUCUACCCUUACAUCCAAAUCACCUUCCCUGAGUUCACAGGUGAAGGACUCAAAAGAAGUGAAGCAUACACUGCAAUCCAAACAUAUCUCAGUGCAAAUUCAUCUCAAACAGCUAAGAAACUCAAAGCUGAGGUGGUCAAAAACAGCCAAACCCCAAUAGUUCUCAGCAUGGAUGAUAAUGAAGAGAUCACAGAUGAGUUUGAAGGUGUUAAACUCUGGUGGCGUGCAAGUAAAACAAGCACAAAUCCACAGCAAUUUUCAUUCUCUUAUCACCCUCCACCAGAUGCUAAAAGGUACUACAAACUCACCUUCCACAAGAGUCAUCGUGAGAUUAUAACUAGGCAGUAUAUCAAACAUGUUUUGGAUAUGGGGAAGGAGAUAGAAACUAGGAACAGGCAGUUGAAGCUGUAUACCAACAAUCCUAGUAGUGGUUGGUAUGGUUACAAAUCUUCUAAAUGGAGUCACAUAGUGUUUGAGCACCCUGCAACUUUUCAGACACUUGCAAUGGAGGGGAGCAAGAAAGAAGAGAUAUUGAAGGAUCUUGUGAAAUUCAAAGGAGGGAAGGAGUAUUAUGCUAAGAUUGGUAAGGCUUGGAAGCGUGGUUAUCUUUUGUAUGGUCCUCCGGGGACAGGGAAAUCGACCAUGAUUGCCGCGAUUGCGAAUUUCAUGAACUAUGAUGUGUAUGAUCUUGAGCUGACUGCUGUUAAGGACAAUUCUGAGCUGAGGAAGCUGCUGAUUGAGACGCCGAGUAAAUCGAUUAUAGUGAUUGAGGAUAUAGAUUGUUCUCUUGAUCUUACUGGCCAGAGGAAGAAGAAGAAAGAAACAAGUGAGGAUGAUGAAGGGGUGAAAGAUCCUGCUAAGAAAGCUGAAGAAGAAGAGAAAAAGGGCAGCAAGGUAACACUAUCUGGGCUGUUGAAUUUCAUUGAUGGGAUUUGGUCAGCAUGUGGGGGAGAGAGGAUCAUCAUUUUCACAACCAAUUUUGUGGAUAAGCUUGACCCUGCUCUCAUUAGGAGAGGGAGGAUGGAUAAGCACAUAGAAUUGUCCUAUUGUUGCUUUGAAGCAUUCAAGGUGCUUGCCAUGAACUACUUGGAUGUUGACUCACACCAUUUGUUUGCUAGAAUUGGGAAUCUGUUGGAAGAGACCAAUAUGACACCUGCUGAUGUUGCUGAGAAUCUCAUGCCUAAGUCUAUUGAUGAAGAUGUAGAAACUUGCUUACAGAGUUUGAUUACGGCUCUUGAGACGUCGAAAGAGGAAGCAAGGAAAAAGGCAGAAGAGGAAGCAGGGUUGAAGGAAGAGAAAGAGAAGGAAGGGCCUACACAGAUGGAGGAGAAAAUCAGUGAAAAAACCACAAAAGAUGUGAAGGAGAAUGGUUUUCAUUGAUUAAGUAUUUGGAUUAACAAUAUGUAAUUGAGCUAGUUAGAUUUAGUAGUUGAUGAUGUAUUAUACUACCAGUACCACUACUACUGCUAGUACUGGAAACAUCUACCAAAUUUAUGAAAUGUAUUUUCUCCACUAAAUAGCAUUACUGUUGUGUUGUUCUA